GCAUGUGUGUCGGCGCCCCGCCCCAUUGAGCACCGCGCCCCCCCUUGUCGGUCCUGCGAAGGUGCGCGCGCCGCGUGCUCGUUGCCUGGCAGGCUAGCUUCACAAAAUGAAAAAAAUGCCAUAGGGGCCGGCUCUUCCUUCGCGCCCGGGUGGGGCAUUGUGUUGCCUACCCGCCCGCCCGAUCGUCGCUCGGUGGCGCGGCCUCUGUGCCAUUCAUCACAUGCUUCCCUGCCCAGCAGACAUUGUUGGCCCGGGGGGCAGUGGUUGGCCCAGUCGGCCGCCGCCCGCCCAGGUUCGUCCGCAGUGCAGACUAAUGAUUGGCCUGCCUUAGGCUUGGGCUUCGGCUUGGGCGUGGCUCACACAUGGCUUCGCGCCUUCGCCAUCUCCGUUUUCCUCGCUCCUGCAGCUGCAUUCAAGUUCUUGCAAUUGGUGCUCGUUCGGCGCAGAUUUCAAGCCCGGCAUACGCCAUUUUGAAGCCUUGAGCCCUCUGAGGGAAGGAAAGAUGAUCGCGUGUAGAUGUUGUUUGUGGGCAAGAUCAAAGCUGUGGUUAGCAGUGGCA